UAACGCUGAAUAUAAUGCGACAACUUCUUCCUUAGGAAGGCUACUCAUUUUAAACUGGAGCCGCGAAUUUGUGCACUGCCUGCAGUAUAACGUAUCACUGAAUAUUACAAGAAGCUGUUACAAUAUUACGUAUAUUUCUAUAAUUAAUGAAUGACGUGGGACGUUAAAUAAAAGAAACAAACGAUGGCAAAACCGCAGGGCCGGAAGUAAAGCAAGCAGUAUUUGUAAACGCGAGGGUCGCCGUCAUCUCUGACCUUUCACCUACUUCACAGGGCUCGGAGGGAGCGGUUGGUGUAAAGCUGUGUUAAAGCAGUUCAUUGGAGUCAGUGCAUGUCGACGUGAGCCAGACCUGAAGUAAAAUCCAAACUGAAAAGCCUCCUGUAGUAUAAUUCCUUAUCUUACAUCCAGAACAUUAUUUCAACAUUGUCUGAAGCUGAGACACCAUGUUGCCUGGACUUUCGAAAUGCCUGCAGAGGAUCAAAGCUCAUCCUGAAGGACUACAGGCCCUACAUAGAACACUAAAGGCAAAAGUAUACCCUCCUCCUCCAAAUUUCACUGUUCGACAUAGCUCACAGUUUACCAUGACGGCUCCUUGUGUGGAAGGCAUGAUCCCUUUAAUUCAAAAGGUUCAGGCAUUGCACAAGGACCGUUAUGUCAGCAUUCAGUGGAAUGAUGGCACACAGAGCUUAUAUCCUUAUGUAUGGCUUCGGGACAACUGCCAGUGCCCACUCUGUUUCCUGCAGUCUGCUAAGGCAAGGAAAAUCCUAAUGACUGACCUGGAUGUAACAACAGGAGUUGAAAGAGUUCUACUUACAGACCCAACAAAGGUAUCCAUUGUUUGGCCUGACUUCCAUACCAGUGUGUUUGAAGCUGAGUGGUUAAGGAAACGAUGCUUUUCACAACCUUCUAGAGAAAACGUACAAGAGAACCUAUUUUUAAACGAGCGCUAUUAUUGGGGCUCAGACUUGCGCAUUCCCACAGUCAGUUUCAAGGAGGUCCUAACUAAUGACAAAGCUGCAUUCUUCUGGCUGACCACCCUGCGUAGUACUGGUAUUGUACUUUUGAAAGGUGCAGACAUACAGCAAGGAGAGGUUGCAAAACUGUCUAAAAGGAUUGGUUACCUCCGCCUUACUUUUUAUGGUCACACUUGGCAGGUUCAAGAUAAAACGGACGCCAACAAUGUGGCUUACACAUCUGAGAAGCUGAACUUGCACACGGAUUACCCAGCUCUUCACCAUCCACCAGGGGUCCAAUUUCUCCACUGCUUAAAGCAGGCUGUGGAGGGAGGAGAAAGUGAGAUUGUGGACGGCUUCCAUGUAGCUAAUUUGUUGAGGAAAACUAACCCAGAAGCCUUCAGCAUUCUUAGCUCUGUGAAAGUGGACUUCACUGACACUGGAUCUGACUAUUGUGACUUCGCUGUUCAGUCGAAGAACCAAAUUAUCGAUGUUGAUGGUGAGGGACAUGUGGUACGUAUCAACUACAACAAUGCCACUCGUGACUCAGUGCUGAACCUUCCUGUUAAUCAGGUCCAGCCAUUUUACGAUGCCCUUAAAGCUUUUGUCAACCUCCUACACAGUCCAGAUAAUGUGGUGUCUUUCAGAAUGGAGUCUGGUGACAUUGUAACAUUUGAUAACUGGCGAUUGCUGCAUGGCCGCCGCAACUAUCUGUCUGAUCCUGACAGCCCUCGGCACCUUGAGGGAGCUUACCUUGACUGGGAUGAAGUGAUGUCAAGACUACGCAUCCUGAGGGCUGCAGUUCAGGGAGAAAACUGAAUAAAUAUGGAGUUGUUUUCUACUUUCAAGCAUUACCAGCAGUUCUUGCACUAAAAGUCAAAUCAACAUCAGGGUUUUGCGUCUUUAUCAAGGUGCUUUCUUAAGGAGCUGAUCUUAAAGAUUCAAAUAAGCACUUUAAUUAUGAAGAGACUACUUAUGCUGAGAAAUUUAAGACUACAUACGAAUUCCAAACUGCUGUUUGAAUGUGUUGAAAGGCCAGAUAAGUUUUUGUUUCAGGUCUUUAUUGUUUUUAAAUGAAGCUUGCAGUUUACAGAAAUAUUGUUCAAAUAUAGUAAACUAAAGUAUAAAGGUAGUGAGGUAACACCUUUACAGUAUGUACUGGAGGAGCAUUGUGAGAUUUUUACAAUUGUGUGUUUCUUCUGUUUAGCUUUCUUCAAUCAAUAGUCUAUCAGUUAUAGUCAGUUUUUUUUUAAAUUAUGAUAAAUAAGCAAUGGUUAACAUAGGAGAGUUAACAGUGGAGAAUGGUUAAUGGUUGGUUAACAGUGGAGAAUCGGUUAGCAUAUGGAAGUUACAGACUGUUAGCUCACAGAAUGCCAUAUGAGAUUGAUAGUAAAAACAUAGUGAAGCACAAAGUGUGUGCAGUAAGAAUGGGUAGCUACAAAUUGACAUUUGUGAUAUUCAGUCACUUGUAAAUGAGGGAUACAUAAUCAUCAGUGCCAGCUGAAGGAGCGCAGACUAUGAGCACAGCUAACAAUAAGUUAAGACACCCAUCAUACCACUUAUAAAUCAGAUUUAAGUACUAAAGUGUCAGCUAAUGCUGUGCUUCCAAUUAGUUUUGUUAAGGGCUGAGCUCAAAUGUUCUGUGUGUUCACAACAGACAACCAUAAAAGAAUCAUGAACCUCAGAACAAAUUCUGCCUUGAGCAGAGAAACUUCCAUUAACCACAGGGGGAUGAGCAACAUUUCAACAUGAGCGGUACUUCACUAGAACAUGUUAUUUCAUUCUAGAACUCUGAUCUUCAACUCUCACCAUACCAGAGAGUCAUAUUGCCAAGUAUCUUUCUGGUGUUUUGUGAAAUAGACUGCAGAUUAGGGGAAAACUUAGAACUUGCGUGACAAUGCAAAUUUUUCUUCUUUCUCAUCGAUGCCUUCUACAAGUAGAUAAAAAAAAAAUCAUCCCAACUUGAAACUUGCUCAUACUCAUCACAUUUUGUAGUAUACAUUUAUACCUUUUUACCACAGUGCCGAGGUGAAUCAGCCAUUAAAUAUUAAGUAGCAUCAGCUAGUGCCGGCCCUCACACAGUACUACUGUGUUUGAUCAGAAUUUUGAAAGCUUGCAGGAGCUGUUGAGAAUAAGUUAAACAUGCUAAGGCUAAUACUUGAAUUGGCUCAGCAGCAGAUGGAUUUACUAAAAUAUGCUGCCACUUCUUUGAGUUAUGAAUGUAUCACUGCCAGGUCAGAGGAGUGUCUAGGCACAGUCAGGCAUUCAGUAGUGGCACGUGGUCCAUCUCUAGAAAUAUUAAGACUUUAAAAAUAUGUUUCUGAACAUACUCGGGUGUCACGCGGCACACAAAGAUGUAGAACAGAAGAGACAACAGUUUGUUGCAUCUUUUUCAGAUUUGUGAUACAAACGUGAAAUUAAGUAUAGGAGCUUUUGAAGAGAAAUUUAGUGCUGAACGCUUAAACUUUUAGAAUUCUCUGCAUGGUAGAGAAGACAUUUUGACUAGCAGCUAAAAUGCCUGAAUAUAAAAUGUAUUGAUACAAUGGACAGGUGACUUUACUGGAGGCGCUGUUAGCCUUGAGCUUGAGAUCUGCAUACGUGGUGAGUUAAUUAUCAUCCACAGUAGACCUUUGAGUGCGAGAUAUGUAACAAAAUGAAGUACCAUCUUCCUUGCUGUCCUGCUAGAGAAAAGCAGGCUUGGAAAAUGGAUGGAAGUGGUACAAUAACAUGGCACAUAGCUAAAGACAUCUUCCAACACAUCGUGCAAGUGAAGUGUCCUUUGUCAUCUGCUGAUAAACUUUAAGAAGCUAUGCAUUGCCUUCUCCCUGUGCAUGUAAAGGUGCAGAAGUGUCACCCUACCAUUUUUAAAUAGUCUCCUAAUGUGAAUAAAAGGGAAAACUACAGUUGCGUUUAAAAAUACAUAAAUAAAUCACACCCGCAUCAAUCCUUAAAAGUUGAGUUUUUCUAUGUCCAAAAUUUUGGAUUUAAACAGACAAAAGAAGAAAGUACAAAAUAAAAGCUGUGGCUGUUUUGAUUCUAUGUAGAAUCUGCAUGUUCCCGUCAUGACUGUGCAGGUUUCCCUCCCUUACCACCAAAGGGCAUGUUAGGUUUGCGGAUUUAAUGUGCGAGAAUGGUUGGCUGUAUUAGUAAGUGGGCUCCUUACUGGGCUUGGCUACUGCCCUACUCCCUGUGACCCUGAAUUAAGCAGAUUUAAUAAUAUUAUGUUAAAAAAAUUGAAGAUUACCUUACUAGUCUUUGCUGCUACAUUUGUUUUCUUCUGUCAUUUAAGUAUAGCCACUAUUAAAGAAUGAUUUAUUGUACAGAAAUUGACAUGAGGUCUUUUUUUUUCUCUGUAUAGGAGAAAGCAAAGGAAUGGGUAAACAUUACAAACAAUCUAAUCUAAUUAUUGUGUAUUCUUAAUUUGCAAUUCAUUGAUAGACACUUAACAGAGUUAUUAUACAGGGAGUACAAGGUUUACUUUAACAUUAAAUGGCUGCCAUUGUUUUCAUAUCAAUACCUUUUUUUUUGCAUAUUUUGAUUGUAUUUCAGUUAUGAAAAUGAGAUUAAAGAUGUGUUAAACUUACCUUUCACACAGCCCUCAGCAAACACUAAAUAAUAGUAGAUAAAAGUGACUUUAAGCAUUGAAACUGUAGGGAGUUCAUUACUUUCUGUCUCAUGGAUUUUAUGUAUUGCAAGUGUGAUAUUUAAAAUUUGCGGCUUCUAAACUCUGGUAACUCAAAACACUCCUCUUCAGUCACAAUGUACCUACUAAAGCAUUUUCUGUGAUUAUAUUAUAUAUUUAAGUAAAGUGAACCUUUCACAAAUGUAUAUUACUUCUGGGCAGUAGAAUCUUAUAGGGAAAAUGGUACUGUAUUAAAAGCCUCUAUUUAUUAAAGUAAAAAGACAUGUACAGGGUUGUUAAAAAAUAAAACCAAGAUUUCAAUGCCUAAUUCUGGAAUGAAUGCAAAAUAUGUUUUUGUAUUAUACUUUUCAAAAAUAAACUGAAUUCUUCAUCUGUUUUUUCUCAA